CGCAACACAUACACUAUGCGGAUAUGUGCGUGCACCGUCAAACAGCUUGGACUAUCUCUCUCUCUCACUUUAUAUCGCGUGUAACGUCGUCAUCGCUAUUCCAUAAACACGAUAUAGGAGCAAGAAUCUACUGUUCUGCUGGGUGCGCAUAGUCUCGCUCUCGCCCACAUGCAUUCACAUAUUUAUCAAGAGGACAUAAAGGUUGGCCAAAGAUGCGUACGGUUCGCAUCGACGUGAUCCUUGGCCAUUGCCAUAAGUGACCUCGGCAAUUGCGAGAGGGAAAAGGAUCGAAAAAAAGUCACGAAGGUUGGAUGAUCAGUGCUGAACGCGAAGUAAUGUCAUCGAGCGACGUUCGCGCGUCCACCUCGUCCGCUCGCACUGCUGCUGCUGCUGCUGCUGCGUCCUCGCCGUCGUCCAGUCGGAGGAAAACUAGUGGCAGUAACAACAACAACAACAGCGAGUCGUCGCGCAAGCGCGAUAUACUGCACCAGCAUCAUCAACAUCAGCAGCAGCAGCAGCCCUGCCCUGAUAACCAAAUCUUCAACGACGCAGAAUCACCGAGUACAUUGGCAAGCUCACCCCCGACGCUCAGUCCCAUCUCAUCGUCCAUAGUGCUGCAGCGAGAGGGAGUCAUAAAUCAGCCAUUGAGUACACCAGUCUCGCCACUGUCGUCCAUAGCGUCUCCGAUAACACAAAAUUUCAAUAUACUUUCACUGGAGGACUGCACUCAAGAUCCUAACUGGCAGGCUACCAAGCCUACGAUAAGAGAGCGAAAUGCUGCCAUGUUCAACAAUCAACUUAUGGCUGACAUUCAGUUUAUCGUCGGGAGUCCAGGCCAUACACAAAACAUACCAGCUCACAAGUAUGUGCUAGCCACAGGAAGCUCGGUGUUCUAUGCCAUGUUCUAUGGGGGGUUGGCAGAAAACAAAAAAGAAAUAGAAGUGCCAGAUGUAGAACCUGCUGCAUUUUUGGCUUUACUUAGAUACAUGUACUGUGAUGAUAUCAAGCUGGAAGCUGAUACAGUCUUGGCAACUCUGUAUGUGGCAAAGAAAUACAUAGUGCCGCACUUGGCGAGGGCAUGCGUGGCUUUUUUAGAAACUUCGUUGAACGCAAAGAACGCCUGUUUACUAUUGAGCCAGUCGCGAUUGUUCGAGGAGCCGGACCUGAUGCAACGAUGCUGGGAAGUGAUCGACGCUCAAGCGGAGAUGGCACUGCGCUCGGAGGGUUUCGUUGAGAUAGACAUACACACGCUGCAAUCCGUUCUAUCGCGGGAGACUCUCAAUUGCAAAGAGAUACAUUUGUGGAACGCAGCCUUGAAGUGGGCUCACGCAGAGUGCCUCAGACAAGAUAUCGAGCCAACGCCGAGUAAUCAGCGAUUACUGCUCGGAUCUGCUUUGAACCUGAUAAGAUUGCCGGCCAUGAGCUUGGAAGAAUUCGCCAAUAGCGCUGCCCAAACGGGCAUCCUCACCCAACAAGAGACCAUCGAUAUUUUUCUUCACUUUAUCGCCAGCAACAAGCCAGCGCUGUGCUAUCCUACCAAGCCUCGUCAAGGAUUGAAGACUCAAGUGUGCCAUAGAUUCCAGUCGUGCGCCUAUCGCACGAACCAGUGGCGCUAUCGCGGCCGCUGCGACUCGAUCCAGUUCAGCGUCGACAAGCGGAUAUUCGUCGUCGGCUUCGGCCUGUACGGCAGCUCGUCCGGCGCGGCCGACUACAACGUCCGGAUCGAGCUCAAGCGGCUCGGUCGCGUACUGUCCGAGAACAACACCAAGUUCUUCUCGGACGGCUCGAGCAACACGUUCCACGUCUACUUCGAGAAUCCCAUUCAGAUCGAGCCGGAGAACUUUUACACGGCGAGCGCCAUACUGGACGGGGGCGAGCUCAGCUACUUCGGCCAGGAGGGCAUGUCCGAGGCGACCGUGGGCAGCGUGACCUUUCAGUUUCAGUGCAGCUCCGAGAGCACCAACGGCACCGGCGUCCAGGGCGGACAGAUACCGGAGCUCAUAUUUUACGGCCCACCGUCGGAAGAUUGACGCUAUUACCAACAGAACGCCGAGAUCAUGGUCUGACCGCUACCGAGCAUUCCAUCGACCCUGAGCUUAUACGUUUCAGAACACGCUUCUUACGGAUCGAAUGCUAGUUAUCCCGAUGUGUAAUUAAAUCUCAUGCCCAUUAGCGAAUUUAUCUUUCGGCUUGUUUUCAAUUGUUUUGGUCUUUGAUCGUUAUUAAUCGUGAGCUCAGUGAAGCAAAUGAUAAUUGGAACAAAAAUGCAUUAUUCGUGCAGAUAAAAUAAAAAAAAAAAUUGAAAAACAACUUCGGUAAAAGCAUAAAAUAGCAAUUGUUACAAAUGUAAAUUAUAUAAAGGGUGUUGUUCGAUUCUGAGAUUUUCGAGUUACACUAUAUAUAAAUGUGUCUCGCGCGUGAUGCAACUUUUAAUGAAAUUCAUUCAAUGACUAGUAAUUUUUAUUUGCAAUGCAAAUGUGCAAUUUCAUGAUCAAGUUGAGCAUUGUAGAUUGUAUAAAUCAAUGAUGAGCGUGCGAUGUGUUUUAUACGUAAGACUAACGUCAUGAGUCAAUGCAGGAUUAGAUGUAUUAUAAUAGGAUUCGUAGUUGUAUGCUGAGAGUGAACUUUUAUGAGUUUUGGAAGCAAUUCAUUGUUGAAAGAAUAUGUUUAUUUCACUGCCUAAUUUUAAAUGAUUUAGAUUUACACGCCAUGAGACGUUCAAUUUCUUUCAAUGAUAAUUCCUGCGAUCUCUGACUGUAUUUGUUAAAUAUUUUCCUUCAAAAUCUUAUGCAAAUUAGUAGAGGCUCUGGUUAAACGUGUUGUACUUUGAAAUCUUUACUAUUAGUAGUAUUCAAAACUGUGUAUUAUUCUAUUAACACGUACUUAAUAAUUUAAUUGUUAAAUCAGGCUUUUAAAUCCAGUAUCAAAUUUUACUAAGUUAAAAAUGAUAGAGUUUUAGAAUUUAUUUAUCAAAAUCGAAUAAGCAAUAUAUAUUGUUAUAAAAUUGAAAAAGUUGUCCUUAAUCAGAAGAUAUUUGAUUUACUAUUUGAGCCAAAAAUUAUUUUAUAUUUUCAAAUUAUAAUUAAUUUAAUUCAUGUCAAAAAUUACCAAUUAUUUGAUACUCUAACUGAUUUAUAACUGCUAAAUCUUGUUAUGGUUUUAACAUGAUAAAAGCACUUAUUAUAAGCUCUUGAUGAUGUAGAAUUUUUAGAUAAUAUCAUAUUUUAAGAAUAUAUGCUCUAUACUCUUUGAAAA